ACUGAUUUCACUCCAUAUAUCUGAUGAUUAUUAGCCCAACAUUUCUCCACAUCAAGUGUGUGCUGCAGAAGUCUCUCCCUGGUGCUUGUUAAUUGGUUGCGUUUAUAACUGCUGUGAUUGGUUGGAGUAAUGUGGGCAUUAGCGAUUGUCUCAAUUUGUGGAUUGAACUGCAUGAGUCUAUGAAUAAAUGCAGGCCAUGCCACAAAUAGUACGUGAUGCACAAAUUCAUGUGCAACAAGGAGGCUGGGUCUGUAUGCUCUUUCUGAGAAUUAAAAUGGGACUAGUGAUGUCAGCAGCUUAUUGGACACAUUGAGAAAAACAGGAUGUAGGGGCUUGUGGCUAAAGCGGCUAACAGGAAAUUAAGACAUACAGUGGGAACAGAGAAGUUUUGACAUAACUAAGUAAAUAAAGUAAAGAAGUAAAGAAAGCAUCACUUAUUUAUAGACCACCGGAGCAUCUCAGGGAGAAAUGGCCAAACUCCUGAGUCUGUUUACACUACAGCUGCUGUUUGGUGUCUUUUGGCCAAAUCUCCUUCAGAUCGCUUCAACUAAUCAUUUGUCUGUCCAUCCUGGAGAGAACAUCACCCUGCUCUGUAACAUCACUAAUUAUUCUGAGAUAUUGUGGUAUCGGCUGAGAUCUGAGGAGGUGAAGCUGCUGAUAUCUGCUGAAAAAGGGAGAGUUAAGAAAAAGUUUCUCCUUAGUUAUAAUGUGAACGAGAGUCACUUUGAUAUAACAGAAAGCAGCAGUUCAGUCGGUUUAGUGAUUAUUGGAGUUAGAGAGACAGAUCUGGGAUUUUAUUACUGUGGAGGUCGAAACAAAACGACACACAUUCAGUUUGGGAAACCCAUCAGACUGAACUUUACAGAAGACCAACAUCGUAAGACUGAUAACUCAUCUGAGCCUCCACAUACCCAGCAGUCAGGAUCAGAGCUCUGGAUUACAGUGUGUGUGUGUCUGUGUGUCUCUGUCCUAAUAAACUUCAUCUGCAUCUACAUGUUCUGCUGCAGGCUCAAAGGAAAGUCAGUACCAUCGUGCAGCUGUUGCAGUAACACCACAGACUCCGCUGAAAAGGAAGAAAAUAUGCAUUAUGCCAGCAUUCAACACAAAAGAAGGUCCAGCGUAGCUGCUAAGAAAAACACAGCAUCAGAUUUGGACAGCGUGACUUACGCAACAGUCGCCUCACAGCCUCGGAGACACAAGGUGUCAUAAAUUUAUUAUUACAUCAUAAAAACUGUGUUGUUCUCUCUGGCUCUUAAUAAUUUGUUUUAAAGAGAUAACUGAGUUAACAUGGAUUUCCAUGGAGAUAAAAUGAACUAUUUUGAAAUAAAUACUUAGUAUAUUUGGAAUAAAGUUUGAAAUAAAUAUUAUAAUACUAUAUUUAUAAAUAAUAAAUGUUACAAGAACCAUCUGGUUAUUUAGAUAAAUUAAAAAAAUAUUUUUUAAUGCUUAGGCAAAGUAGAUGGCUCAUAAAGCCUAUAUAAGCCCUAUAUAAAAAAUUUGCAUAGGACUGAGAUGAAAAGCUGAGAUACUGGUAGAGAUAAAAUGGCAGUGAGAAACAAGAUGAGGUGUAAUUCAAUGUUGCAUAAGAAACUGGUCUAUCUAAUGGCUCUGUUACAAACCUCUAAAAUACUCCAGAGUUAAAUUAAUAAUCGAUGUAAUGCCCAACUUGAGCACCUGAUGUUAAUGUAUGUGUGAAAAUGCACAAAUAAA